AUGGCCCGGGCCCUCUGGUGGCAUUCAGCACAGGAAGCACAGCUGCAUGAUGUCCUGGACGCUUUGCUCGGCCUCCCGCCAUCUGAGACUCGCCAGCCCCUUGGCUCUUUGCGUUUCCCCGGACUCCGCGGGGCAGCUGAGGCCAGCCGCAGACCUCCAGUUUACAGCUUCAGCUCCUCGGCCGCCGAGGCUCCCAGCCUCCCAGGGUCGCCCCACCCCCCACCCCCGUCUCCAGCUGCGGCGGCCCUCGUCCUCCGUCCCCUCAGCCAGGGCGCGCUCAGGGGAGAGCGGCCCUUCUUCGGGGAGCUGCCUUCCGCCACUUUCCGGCUGCUUGCUCUCCGGUCCGGGUACUUGGUGCAGGCCCCGCCCCCGCGGACGCCCCGCCCCCGCGGACGCCCGCCCCCGCGGACGCCCCGCCCCGGCGCUCGCGCUCGUUUCCACGGCGACGCGGCGCCAGGCCCGGGCAGCCCAGCCACAGAGUGGGCGUGCGGCGGCGGCGGCUACAUGAGCGUCGGGGCGACCGCGGGGCAGCGGCCCCCCAGCUCGGGGACCUCGGGCUCCCGGGGCGCGUCGCGCCCGCGCCCGCGCCCGCGCCCGCCCGCGGCCCUGCAGCCCCCCAGCCAGCACGGCGCUCAGGCUGGGCUCAGCGAGGCGCAGAAGCGGGUCCUGGACCUGGAGAAGAGCCUGCAGUUUCUGCAGCAGCAGCACUCCGACACGCUGGUCAGGCUCCACGAGGAGAUCGAGUACCUCAAGCGGGAGAACAAGGAUCUUCAUUACAAGCUAAUAAUGAAUCAGAAGCCAAAGAAAGCUCUGCCUCACCAGAGCGGGGGGUGGGUUCUGCGUGAACACACAGGCCAGCAGAGCCAGGGGAGGGGAAGGGCCGCAAAGUGGUCUGGGGGCACCAGGAUGGAAGUGGCACUCCUGCCGUCCCCAGCUGACCCUGUGCGAGAAUCUCCCACAAGCAGCUUUUCCAACUCCAGCUUUCGGUCCAUCAAGUCCGUCUCAAAUUCGACGUUGUCAGUGACUGCCCUGGCUGCAGCCAACUCUCAAGGCAAGGCCCGGCCCCAGCUCGCCUCCUCCAAGAAGCGGGACUCAAAAGCUAAUGUUCCCCAGAAGAUGGACCUGGAAGAGGAGAGCCCAGCUGCUGCCCUGCUGCACAACGGCAAGCUGGACAAAGGCCCAGGGAUGCAGGGGCCGGCCAAAGAUGAAGUGGAGACCUUCAGUGCAGUGGCCACCUCCGCAGUAGGUGGCCAGCACAGGGGCAAGCAGCCCCCCAUGAUGGGCCUGCCGCCAUACCUGCGCAAGCCCACCACGCUUCAGCAGUAUGAGGUGGUUAUCCGCCAGCUGUGGAACGCCAACCUCCUACAGGCCCAAGAGUUGCAGCACCUCAAGACCCUCCUGGAAGGGAAGCAGAGGCCCAAGGCUGCCCCAGAGGAGGCUGGGCCCAGCUCUCCGAAGGACCAGGAGGCCCCUCAUCUGGGAGCCAUGCAACUCCCCAAGGUCCCCACCAAGGGCGUCCCCAUGAAAUGCCUGAUUCUAAGCCCGAUGCCCGUGGCAGAGCGCUCCGUGCUGCCCACACUGAAGCAGAACCUGAAGAGCAGCUUCGCUGAGCGGCAGAAAAGGCUGCAGGUGGUGCGGAGCCGGCGGCUGCACCACUCGGUGCUCUGAGGCCAGCGGCACGGUGUGCGUCUGUGCGGCAGGUCAUGGCCAAGCCCGUGACCCCAGCUGGAGACGCUAACCCUCUCUGCAUAGCACUACCAAAGACUUCUAAUGUGUUUAGGCCAAGCGAAAUUCCAGAUAAAACUCAUGGCAGCUAAAGGACUUGGUCUCGGAACUGAGAAACUGUUUAGUUCCGUGCUCAGUAUUUUGCUAUUCUGUGUUUAUAUGAAAACAUGUUAUGAGAUUCCUAUUACCCUACCUGUUGAAGACUGAUAUAUA